GAUUAGAUCAAUGGAUAAGAGUAAGUAUUUAAUUUAGUUGAGUAUCUGAUAAUAGGGACCUUUUUGGAGAGGGAAAGCUAUGUGUGGUUGUGAUAGUGUAAAUAACUACCACACAUUUGAAGCAACCACAACAAACAUCCAAAUUCAUUCUAAUCUCCCUUUCUCCACCAAACAUGACCUACACUUGAUGCCCACUUCCCUUAUUUGCUUUCUCUUUUUCACCUUCACCUCUAUAAUCCAUGGCCAAUGAAUAAUUUUAUUUCAUCUUCUCAUUUCUAUCCUCCAUUAAAGACAUGACUGCUUCUUGCCUCUUAUCUUCAACCAGAAACACAAUAACAACUAAAACAUACCUUCCUAAGUGUCAUUACCAUUACUUAAACAAAGAAAUCAAAGAUGGGUUUCUAUUUAAGCUUCAAAUUCCACCAAUUAAACCCACUAAUCCAAUUUUAAGGCUUAAAACUUCAAAAUUUACUUGCCCUUUGGCUUCUUUAUCUUCCUUUGCUGAUGCAGAUGGUCAACAACCUGAAGAAAUCAUAACCACUCAUCAACAUCAUAAUGCAGAAGAUCAUCAUCAUCAUCAUCAUGAUCAGGGUAAAGAGAAAUCAGAAAGAUUAUCAGGAAUGGCUAAAGCUUUUAACAUAUCAUCAACAACAGCACUUGCUAUAUCAGUAUGCAUAGCUUUUGCUGCUCUUAUAUUUCCUUUGUUUAUGCAAUCGAUAGGAGUUGGUACGCCCCUUAAGACUAAGGUGCUUUCCUAUGCUACUUUGCUUUUAGGGUUUUACAUGGCUUGGAAUAUAGGGGCAAACGAUGUAGCGAAUGCCUUCGGAACAUCUGUUGGUUCGGGGGCUCUGACGAUUCGACAGGCUGUUCUGUUGGCUGCUGUGUUGGAGUUUUCUGGGGCACUUUUGACGGGAACACAUGUUACUAGCACAAUGCAGAAGGGGAUUCUUGUAGCUAAUGUGUUUCAAGGGAAGGAUACAUUGCUGUUUGCAGGACUUUUGUCUUCCCUUGCAGCUGCUGGUACCUGGCUACAGGUAGCAUCCUUUUACGGCUGGCCAGUUUCAACAACUCAUUGCAUAGUAGGAUCAAUGGUUGGGUUCGGACUAGUCUAUGGAGGAGCUAAUGCUGUCUUCUGGAGCUCACUGGCAAAGGUUGCUUCUUCAUGGAUCUUUUCACCUGUCCUGGGUGCAGCCAUGUCAUUUCUUGUGUACAAAUGUAUCCGCAGGUUUGUUUACAGUGCUGAAAAUCCAGGACAAGCUGCAGCUGCAGCUGCACCAGUAGCAGUAUUCAUUGGUGUAACAGCAAUAUCUUUUGUAGCCUUACCUCUUAGCAGCACUCUUCCAUUGGCUAUAGUUCAGGCAUUGGGCUGCGGCUUUGUUGGAGCACUUAUCGUCUACCGGAUGAUCAACAUACAAUUAGGCCACCUACUUGCAAAAUCAAACUCAUCGAAUCAAACCCAACACGUGGAUGACCACCAUUUCGAUCAUCCAGAACAAAAGAAUAUCGGUCUCCUUGCUAAUUUUGCCGGCCCUAAAGGAACCCAAUUGGAGAUAGUGUACGGUGUGUUUGGAUACAUGCAGGUUCUCUCUGCGUGCUUCAUGUCAUUUGCCCAUGGUGGAAACGAUGUCUCUAAUGCUAUCGGUCCCUUGGCAGCAGCUUUAUCGAUACUCCAAAAUGGUGCUAGUGCCGGAGCUGAGAUAUAUAUCCCAACAGAUGUUCUUGCGUGGGGAGGAUUUGGAAUCGUAGCGGGUCUUAUGAUGUGGGGUUACAGAGUGAUUUCAACUAUUGGAAAGAAGAUCACGGAACUUACACCAACUAGAGGGUUUGCUGCAGAGUUCGCAGCUGCAUCAGUGGUUCUCUUUGCUUCAAAGCUAGGGUUGCCUAUCUCGGGUACUCAUACGCUAGUGGGUGCUGUAAUGGGGGUAGGUUUUGCCCGAGGGCUAAAUAGUGUCAGAGCAGAGACAGUAAAGGAGAUUGUCACUUCUUGGGCUGUGACAAUUCCUGUUGGAGGAAUACUCGCAGUUUUAUACACCACAAUCUUGACCAAGGUUUUAUCAUAUGUAUUAUGA